GGCCGAGAGUAGCACAUCUACUCCAGUUAUCCAAAACAUAGCCAAAGCAAAUGUCGCUGACCUGGAGAAACUAAAAUCUUUGCUCGCAAGUGCCGGAGCUAACACAGCUAACCUCACUUCCAACAUCCUUCUCGCAAACCAGCAGAUAUUACAGCAAGGCGUUGCGGCAGCACAAGCAGCCCAACAGCAAGCUGCCAAAUCGAACUCAGUAAAAUCACGGGGUGGUGUGUCAGAACAGCGAUACGCUGAGCUCCUGGCAGUCAUUGAGGAGCUGACCAAGGACAUUAAACCCACAUAUGCAGGGAACAGAAUGGCAGCAGAGCGUUUGAAGAAAGGUAUUGCUCUAGCCAGAACAUUAGCAAGGGAUUGCAGGGUAGAGGCAGAACGCAUCGCCUUGUCCAAUAAUUGAGCCAUUUCUUUUUUCAGUUGAAUCCACCUUAUCACAACCUUGUAUAAACCUUAGUCCCAUUUAGAAAUAUCAAGCGCUGACUGGACAAUAAAAGCGGUUAUUUCAGUUCCUGUGGUCAGUGGAGUAUUUGUCAAUCGUUUGGAAUUUUAACAAUCCACUCUGUUUUCAUCAGAUUAAAGCCUGUCGAUUUUGAAAAUUGAUCAAAUUUUAACUUUUUUGCGAGCAUAUUGCAACUGAAAUCUUUAAAGUUAAAAUAUAUGUACAAUACUAAUAUAAAUUAAAUAACAGAGUUAUCAUUUAAUAACACGAGAAGAUUACUUUCAACAGACGGACAAGAAAUUUAGUCUGCCUGGUUCUACUACAACAACUUGUUUAGUGUUUACAAUCAAAUUCAAUUAUAGUAAACAAUAUUCUUUGUAAUAUGAUUUCAUUUAAAUGAUAAUAAUAUAUGUAAUACUAAAUCACGUUACAAUUUCAUUCUUAUUUGUUCGUAUGAUAUGAGAUACUUCUGAUAUUAUAUUACGUCAAAAUAUAUCUGUACUUCAAUACUUUAUUUUUAUUAUCACAUUGUAAUAAAGAGUUUUAUUCUCGUGGUUGAAUUCAUCAUUAUUUUAAAACAUCUUUCGGUUACGAAAACUAUCAAUUUCUUUCUCUUGGAUGUAGCAUCUUGAAAUCGUGAAACUCUAAAUUUUAAACCACUAAAAGGUAGAGUACACUGAGAGAUGGUAACAUGAGUUUGGGUGAAACAUAUCUGCGAUGCUGGGAUGUCGGCAGAUUCACAGGCUCUCUCCGAGCACUAGGGGGUAUUGCUGCAGAAUUGGAGACAGAUUUAGACUACAACGUGAGACAAGCCAAGUUCCUGGAGCUAGAAAGACGUGAUAAUAAUUUCGUGAGUCCCCGCAGAGUAAGAAGAAAGAAAGCAGAUUCAAUUGGGCCCGUCUGUCAGACCACGUCAAGUCAUCAGGAGAACGAGAAUUACAGACAUGUGGCAAGGAACUACUUCACAACAUGUCUCUUUUGGUUGGUGAGAGUUGCAGUACUGAUCACCUGAAAACAACAUUAGAAGAAAUGUUCACACUGUUUUUAGGAUUUGAGGAGUUCACCUGGCGAGAAGUCUUCAAAAUAAAAGACAAGUUUGGUCACGUGGACGAGGAUAUCCUUAAAAAAGUACACUCAAGUUACACGACAUUAAGUGAAGCCCUGCCAGAGUAUUUUACUGUCGAUCAUCAGAAUGGAGACAAUAUUCCUCCCACUCUCUUCGGAGCAAAAAUCAAGUUCAACUCUCCGGAAGUGGUGAAGUUUUCCCAUCCUACAUCAGAUGGUGAGAGUGAGGAUGAGGAAGAAGUGGGAGGAGGAGCGGGAGUGCUGGAGGCUACUGCUAACGUUACCAAACAGAUAACGUCUAAACAGAGUGGUUCUAGAAACGGCGCAGUUGUCAGGAGACAACUUACUCCUGAUUCUCCUGGUUGGCUCACUAUAACGUGUAGUGAGUUAUACAAGAAGCCGGACCCUCCUGCCUUAUCUCAAGAGGAGUUAAUAUCUGCUCUUUAUAACCACAUCAGUUCACAGAACUCUAAUGAACAGCUUCAGGACAUGAUGUUUGGACUGUUGGGAUUUGAAGCAUUUGACCUAAUAGCAGAGAUUCUAGCUCACAGAAGAGUUAUCAAGGAACCAUCAGGAUUUGAUUUAUUGACUGACGAGCCCAACUUUGAUAUUUACUCUGGUGAAGCAGAGAACGCACCCAAAAUACCUCAUUUCAAAACAGAUCGUGGACCAGCUUUAUCAAAACAGGUAAACAUUUUGACGGAACGUGAGAAGAUUUGGAUGAAGCAGGUUCGUAAGGAGGAGAAGAAAAUGAAGAAAGAAGCAAUCGCCCAACAGCGAGCAUUUGAUCCGGAACUGCUUCGCGAACAGCGAGAAUAUGCACUGAUGACGGCAAACAUGAUGCCCGCCUUACAGCCUCGACUGUCCGAACAUCCUGAACUACCCUAUGUAUUCGACACCCGCGUUACCGUAAAACAAACAGCUGCGUACAUCCUUGGCGCUAAGAUUACCCUUCCUGUUGAUGUUGUGAACGACUCAAAGCCUGGCUACGAGGAGUAUACAUUUCCUGCCACCAAACAUGUGCCACCUGAGUGGACAGAUAAGCUUGUGGACAUAUCGGAGUUGGAUGAUGUAGGAAGAAUUGCUUUUAAAGGUAUUAAGAAGUUGAACAGAAUUCAGAGUGUGGUGUUCGAUACCGCGUACAAUACCAACGAGAAUUUGCUGAUAAGCGCACCAACUGGUGCCGGUAAAACCAAUGUUGCUUUACUUACAGUCCUGAAGCUUAUUAAGAACUUCAUGGAGAAUGGAGUGGUACAGCGCAACAAGUUUAAGGUAGUGUACAUAACGCCCAUGAAAGCCCUUGCAGCUGAGAUGACCAAGACCUUCGGUAAAAAACUCCAAGGACUUGGGAUCCAAGUGCGUGAGUUGACGGGUGACAUGCAGCUGACUAAACAAGAGAUAGCCCAGACCCAGAUGCUGAUAGUUACACCGGAGAAGUGGGAUGUUGUCACCAGGAAGAGCACGGGAGACACCGCACUGUCCCAGCUCGUCCGACUUCUCAUCAUCGAUGAGGUGCACUUGCUUCACGAGGACAGAGGUUCAGUGAUAGAGACCCUGAUAGCCCGGACGUUGAGACAGGUCGAGACAACCCAACAAAUGAUCAGGAUUGUUGGUCUAUCUGCAACUCUACCCAACUACAUUGACGUGGCUAACUUUUUAAAGGUCAAUCUACACAAAGGACUGUUCUACUUUGACUCACGGUUCAGACCGGUACCUUUGAAACAGACAUUUAUCGGAGUACGAGGUACUAACAAGUUUAAAACUCGAGAAAAUAUCGAUCAAGCUUGUUAUGAGAAGGUUCUUGAGAGUGUGAAACAAGGCAACCAGGUAUUAGUAUUUGUUCACAGUAGAAAUGGGACACUCAAGACGGCUGAGAAAAUGCGAGAACUUGCUCAAACGGAGGGAGAACUGGAAUUAUUUAGUCCUGCAGAACAUCCUAAAUAUCAAUACGGUCUGAAGCAGUUAGCGCGAUCCUCCCAGAAGAAGCUGAACUACCUGUACCGGGAUGGUUUUACAGUGCAUCACGCCGGACUGCCCCGUUCGGACCGGAACGUUGUUGAGGCCCUGUUCAGUGAGGGUCUGGUGAGAGUCAUGUGUUGUACGGCUACUCUAGCCUGGGGUGUUAACCUUCCCGCUCAUACCGUCGUUAUUAAGGGAACUGAAUAUUACAAUGCGGGCAAGGGAGAAUUUGUCGACAUUGGAAUCCUAGAUGUGCUCCAGAUCUUUGGUCGAGCAGGUCGACCUCAGUUUGAUUCCUCCGGUCACGGGAUCAUUAUUACACCGCAAGAUAAACUGCACAAGUAUCUCAUGUUGCUCACUCAGCAGCAUCCUAUUGAGUCACAGUUUAUCAAGAGCUUGGAGGAUAACCUCAACGCUGAAAUUUGCUUAGGUACUGUGGGCUCCGUGGAAGAAGCAAUACAGUGGAUGAAAUAUACCUACUUAUGGGUUAGAAUGCAGAAAAAUCCUCUCCUGUAUGGUAUUAAUCAGAAAAUGAGGGAGCGGGAUCCUGACCUGCACCAUUACUUGACCGACCUGAUAAAGAAAUCUGCACUGGUGCUGGACAAGUGCCGAAUGAUCAGAUUCAACCCCCAAACCGAACUGCUGGCAGCUACGGAUUUGGGAAGGACAGCAAGUCACUUCUACAUCAAACACCCGACCAUUGAGCAUUUCAACUCUACUUUCAAACCAAACCUACUUGAAGCUGAGAUUUUGGGAUGUAUCAGUCAGGCUGACGAGUUUGCUCAAUUGAAGGUACAAGAAGAGGAGAGUGUUGAGUUGGGUGAGCUUCACCACUCACAAAGGUUCGAGGUUAAAGGGGGCACGGAGAAUGUUUACGGUAAAGUCAACAUCUUGCUCCAAGCUUACAUAUCCCAGCUCCACAUCGAGAGUUAUUCUCUUCUCUCUGACUCUCUUUACGUUGCUCAGAACGGAAAGAGGAUUAUCAGGGCAAUGUUUGAUAUAGCAGUACACAACGGAUACCCCUCCGUAGCCUCCAAACUUCUCAAUCUGAGCAAGAUGCUGAACCACCGGAUUUGGGAAGGCGACACACCUCUCCGACAGUUCAACAUUCUCCCGUCCCACGUUCUUGACAGGAUAGAACGUCUCAGCCUUGACAUGCACAAGCUCAAGGAGAUGCCAGCUCGGGAGAUCGGCCACAUGUUGCAGCACGUGGCAAUGGGUGACAAGAUCAAAGCGUGUGUCAACCAUUUCCCUGCUGUUGCAUUAGAUGCUGUCGUGCAGCCAGUCACCGCGACUGUUCUAAAGAUUGAGUUGACGAUCACGCCUCAGUUCCACUGGAAUGACAAGUGGCACGGUAAGAUGUCUGAACCCUGGUGGGUUUGGGUCGAGGACACUAACAACGACCACAUGUACCACAGCGAAUACUUCUCCCUCCAGAAGAAACACGUAGUGGAGAACUCGCCUCAGAAACUCAACUUCUCCAUCCCGCUCAUUGACAAGGACAACAUGUCUUACAUCGUGAGGAUGAUAUCAGACAACUGGAUCGGAGCUGAAGGAAUGGAGUGUAUCUCCGUAAAAGGAGUGAUCCUCCCUCAAGACCACCUCCCUCACACGCAACUCCUUGACUUGCAACCCAUCCCCACCUCCAUCAUCCCUUACCCAGAGUACAAGGACUACUUCAGUUUCAGUCAUUUCAACCCAGUUCAAACUCAGAUAUUCCACUCUUUGUUCCACACAGAUCACAAUAUCCUGGUGGGAGCCCCGACCGGAUCUGGUAAAACUGUAGCAGCGGAGCUGGCCAUGUUCAGGGUCUUCAUCAACUUCCCUGGUGAUAAGUGUGUGUACAUUGCCCCCCUCAAAGCGCUGGUUAAAGAGAGGAUGAAGGAUUGGAGUGUGAAGAUUGGUAAGAAUCUAGGUAAGAAGCUGGUUGAGUUAACUGGGGAUGUGGUGCCCGAUAUGAAAGCGGUUGUGGCGGCUGACGUCAUCGUCACCACCCCUGAAAAGUGGGACGGUAUAUCCAGAUCCUGGCAGAACCGAAAGUACGUCCAGAAAGUCCGCCUUAUCGUGAUAGACGAGAUCCACUUGCUGGGUAACGACAGAGGACCAGUGUUGGAGGUAAUCGUUAGCAGAACCAACUUCAUCUCCUCGCACACCGAACAACAAGUCAGAGUUGUGGGGCUCAGCACUGCGCUAGCUAACGCUGGCGAUGUGGGAAGUUGGCUGAAUAUCAGUAAUGUGGGCAUGUUCAACUUCAAACCCUCAGUUCGCCCUGUACCUCUGGAGGUUCACAUAACAGGGUUCCCGGGUCAACACUACUGUCCUCGCAUGGCUACUAUGAACAAACCUGCCUACAACGACAUCAAGCAACACAGUCCCGAAAAACCCGUUCUUAUCUUCGUGGCGUCCCGUCGUCAGACCCGACUAACAGCGUACGACUUGAUCUCUCAUGCUGCUGCACAGGAUCCCAAACAGUGGAUACACGACAUAUCUGACAUUGAACUCCAGGCUCUUAUAGAGGGUGUGGCAGACUCAAAUCUUAAACACACGCUCCAGUUCGGAAUAGGUUUACAUCACGCAGGUCUACAUGAGAAAGACAGGAGAAUAGUGGAGCAUCUGUUCACUGAGAGGAAGAUACAGAUUCUUGUUGCCACUGCAACCUUAGCUUGGGGUGUCAACCUGCCGGCUCAUCUUGUUAUCAUCAAGGGAACAGAGUUUUACGAUGGUAAAUCUAACCGAUACGUAGACUUCCCCAUUACAGAUGUUUUACAGAUGAUGGGACGGGCUGGUCGACCCCAGUUCGAUGAUCAGGGUAUUGCUUGCAUCUACGUCCAUGAUAUCAAGAAGCACUUCUACAAGAAGUUCCUGUACGAACCAUUCCCGGUCGAGUCGAACCUUCUGGGCGUGUUAACGGAGCAUUUCAAUGCGGAGAUCGUAGCUGGAACUGUCAAAUCAAAACAAGACGCAAUGGAUUACCUAACGUGGACCUAUUUCUUUAGACGGCUCCUGAAAAACCCAGCUUAUUACCAUCUAGAGGACCUGGAGGACGCGAAUAUCAACACCUUCCUCUCAAGUAUUGUGUCCGGUAAGAUCAACGAACUAGAACAGGCCUACUGUGUAGCGGUGGAUGUGGACGGAUCAACUCUCCUGCCUCAAAUCUUAGGAUACAUCGCCUCCUACUACUAUCUCAGUCACAAAACUGUGAAAAUGUUUGCGGACACCCUGAACCCAGCUACCAGUGUGAAUGAGACCCUUCAACUGUUGUGUGAUGUGACUGAGUACGAUGAGAUGCCUGUCCGACACAAUGAAGAUAAGAUUAACGAGGAAAUGGCCACCUCUCUUCCCAUCAGAGUGCCCAGUUUCUCGUAUGACAGUCCCCACACUAAAGUACAUCUGCUGUUGCAGGCUCACUUCACCCGUACUGCCAUGCCCAUGACGGAUUAUAUCACCGAUCUUAAGAGUGUUCAUGACCAAGCAAUCAGGAUUCUGCAGGCAAUGUUGGACGUAGCAGCAGAUAGCGGUUGGUUGAAGACAUCUUUGAGCAUAAUGCACAUUGUCAAAAUGGUAAUUCAAGGGUGCUGGAUGAAAGACGACCCACUUUUACAAUUACCCCACGUGGAACCCCAUCAGCUGCAUCUCUUUUAUCAGCUACAGUCGUUAUCAGGAUCUGUUUCCUUCCCUGAGAUCCUGUUAGCUUACUCCAAUAGACAGGAUCUCCUCCGUAAAAACCUGGAGUCGGACUUCAAUGAGCGGGAAUUGAACCAGAUUCACAAGGCGAUGGUUCACAUGCCAUUACUUCGUGUUACCCACAGUAUUACCGGCUCUAAGAUUCUAGACAAGAACUUCAUACCAAAAGAAGCCCCUGGAGGUGCGAAAUGGGUCCCUGUCCACGCAGACAAGGAGUACAGUAUUGAGGUUAAACUGAACCUGCCAAGAUCCGGCAAAUACUCUCAGAACAAAUCCGGCAAGUCCGGCAGGAAGGCCCACGCUCCGAGGUUUAACAAACCUGUCGAUGAGACUUGGUGGGUACUCAUGGGAGAAAUAGAGUCAGGAGAGCUGAUAGCUAUGAAGAGAUGCGGACCCUUUAGAGGCAACACCUUGUCAGUCCCCCUCUCUUUCUACACCCCUGAAACACCGGGCAGUCACAUCUACACUUUCUACGUCAUCUCACAAACCUAUCUUGGACUAGAUCAACAAUAUCCGGUCUAUUUAGAGGUGCUGGAGUCGGAGAUAGUGUAUCAGAUGGACGCAGAUAUGUUAGAUGAGGAGGAGGAGGAAUACUAUGACAAGAUGCCUGAUGACUAUAACUCCACACCCUCCUUCGUUACUACAGGUCCAGUAAAUUCGUUCAUGAAAACAGCUCCAGGACCACCUGGUUUCGAAGAUGACUCCUCGAAAAGCGUCCCACCUGGUUUCAGCAGCUCUCAGGAUCUUCCUCCGGGACUCCCACCGCCACCACCUGGGUUAUCUCGGAGGAGGGAAACCGCUUGGAAAUCAGAAAAUCCUCAACAAGAAAACAGUGAGCGAUCUACUCGGGACGAACAAGAUGAGUAUUCAGAUGACGAGGGUUGGGAUGGGACUGUUGAGGCUUGGUCGUAAUGUAGAAUAUGUUGUUAAAAUUCAUUAUUUGUUCAGGUGAUGAUGCAAGUGACCGCCUUUUUACCCUCGUUAAUGUUUUAUUUUCGACGAAUAUAUCCUUGCUUUUUAGGGAAGGUAUUUUAGAUGUUUUGUUUUUAGUAUUUAUGAUCUGUGGCAUUUAAUGUAUUGUUUUGGAUAAUAAUUGAUGAAUUUCCCAGAUUUGUUUUAGUUACGUAUACCUGGUAAAUAUAAUACUUCUCCCAUUUUACAUUUCAUGAUGA